AUGGAUUUGCUCCACAGCUCCGGUGUGAGCAGCACACAUUACCUGCAGACCCACUUCAGCCAGAGCCAGGGAUAUUUCCUGUCAGUCUCCAUGGCAACGGACAUACGCAACACAUUCUUCCUGUUGUUCCCCAUAUGGUUUCAUGUCAAGCAAGCUGAGGCCAUCAAACUGCUGUGGGUGGCGGUAGUGGGAGACUGGAUCAACCUGAUGCUCAAAUGGCUUCUGUUUGGAGAGCGUCCCUAUUGGUGGGUUCACGAGACUGGUUACUAUGACAACUCCUCUCAGCCACUCAUAGCACAGUUCCCUAUGACCUGUGAGACCGGGCCAGGAAGUCCAUCAGGUCAUGCCAUGGGGGCCGCAGCAGUCUACUACACCAUGAUGUCAUCGCUCCUCGCCACAGUGCUGAAAAAAGAAGGACAUCAAAUUAGGAAAUGUAGCAUGUUUGUCCCCUCCAGGUGUGUGCGUGUCUCACUGUGGACGCUGUUCUGGUGUGUGCAGCUGUGUGUGUGCCUCUCCCGGGUCUUCGUCGCCGCUCACUUCCCACAUCAGGUCAUCACCGGAGUUGUCAUAGGUAUCCUGGUGGCAGAGUCUCUCAGUCGGACCCAGAAGAUUUAUAACGCCGACCUGCGCUCUUACCUCCUCACAUCGCUGCUCCUCCUCUCCCUGGCUCUCCUCCUGUACUUGUGCCUCCAGCUGGUCGGUGUCGACCUCCUCUGGAGUGUGGAGAAGGCCCGGUGCUGGUGCCACCGAGCCGAGUGGGUCAGCGUGGACACCAGUCCCUUGGCCAGCUUGUUCAGGAACACUGGGGCCCUGCUGGGCCUGGGCCUGGGGCUGCACUCUCCUCUGCGUGCUCACUCCAAAGCAGUGGUGGCCAGCAGGGGGGCUGAGGGCGCCGUCUACAGGUCAAUCUGUGUCAGUGCAACACUGGUGCUUCUACAGUUAUUUGACUCUGCUUUUAUGCCGCCUGUCCACAGUGGAGCUUUAUUCUAUCUCCUGUCACUGUGUAAAAGUGCCAUGGUGCCUCUAGCUACUGUGGCAAUUGUUCCCUACUGUGUCACUGCAGCUCUGGGAUACAGAGGGGAGAAGCUGCUAUGAGGUGGUGGGCCUUACAUCACAUAUGCUGAUGAAUGGGUGGACAUUAGUGCUUCUUUUAAUUUAUGUCCUUUUGGUCUGGUUUGGUUUUUACUGGUUCAGCGUCACCAUACACAAAGCCAGUACCAUAAAGAAAUGUUUUUUCCUUGUUUGAAAGAACUUGACUGGUCUGCACAGAGCCCUGACCCCAACCAAGACCUGUGGGGUUAUCUGGAUUGAUAACCAACUGUGGGCCUUUGUAAACAUACACCAAACAGGAUUAAAGGAUAUUUAAAUCAGAAUGAUGACAUUGUGAAUCAAAUCUGAUCAGACUGGUUUUGGAGAGUUAAACUCUGAAUUAUAUGGAUAUUAAACUUUACUGUGGUAUAUCUUGUAAUGAAUAUUUAAUGUCAAAGAUAAAUCAUUGAAAUUUGGAAUUAAAAUAUAGAUAAAAGUUAAGUGUUCUGUUUGUUUUUCCAGUCCAUCACUUAAGUCGAAAAUGAAAUUUCUUAACAACUGGACUGC